CUCAUUUAUAAAGCUUGCGUACGCCCAGAAGAGGGCGCACGCCAAUUUCUAAGCAAAUAUUGGCAUUUAUAAAAACCAAACUUGACGGGAAGAGUGCGGUCCUCCACGCAAGCUCUGACCCAUGCGUACGCACAGAAAGUGGAGAAAGGAAAAACGGCGACGCCGUUGGCAGAAGAAUGAAACGCGGAAACAUUUUGAAACUGAGACCAAUGUGUAAAAUAAAUCAAAUUAUUGCCUCUGAUUAGGCCUAAUCAUAUUAAGAAUUCUCAAAAGCCAUUCUUACAAUUAAUACACAAACACCUGUUUCAUAGAUUCUCUAUGCAGUGCGGGGGGAAAAUAAAGAAAACUAGUAGUCUAUCAUAAAUUCAUAUAAAUAUAUAUUUGCAAAUAAAACCAUGUUCUGUAAUUAUUAAACAAAAUGUGCAUGUUAUGGAAUUUAUUUUCAUAAAUAAUAAGGCGAUAAGGACAAGUUUACACGGAUGCUUUUUCUCGAGGCUUCCGUCUGGCGAUAGGAGCACAUAGCGCUUAUCGUUUGUUUUAAAUGUCUGUUUUUUGUAGCCUAAAUCGUGUUCAAAUCAGGGAGUUGAAUUAUGAUUAUACAUGCUUGUUGUGCAACACCAUUUGUUGUUUCCAUAAUUUACGAAUUAGAUGAACUCCCACACCUGUAGCAUGUUAGGUUCAAUCAAAUGGAUGGGUAUAAAAAGGCAUGCCAGCACAAUGCGUAAUGACGCAAAAUGGCUGAAUUGGCUUUUUUUGAAGACGUUGCUCGACAGAGAAUAAGGAGGGAGAGAAUUUUUAGAGAGCACACAGACUUGCUGGCCAAUGGGGACGAGUGGCUGAUAAGCAGAUUCAGACUGCCGCGCGCUGUCCUGCUCGAGCUGUGCGCGGUGUUGGGCCCAGCUUUGGCGAGGAACACCCGGCGCAAUAACGCCGUGCCAGUCCCACUUCAAGUUCUGACCACACUGGGUUUUCUGGCAACCGGCACUUUUCAGAGGGAGUUGGCUGACAGGUCGGGGAUAUCUCAGCCAACCCUCAGCCGUGUUAUGCCAGACGUGUUAGGAGGAAUUGUAAGUUUGACACAUCUUUACAUCAAGUUUCCUUACACGGUGGCUGAACAGGCAAACAAAAAAGCGCAAUUUGCAGCAAUGUCCGGUUUCCCAAAUGUAAUCGGUGCCAUUGACUGCACUCAUGUUGCUAUAAGGGCGCCGAGUAUGAAUGAAAAUGCUUUCGUUAAUCGAAAGCAUUUUCAUUCAAUAAAUGUCCAAGUCAUUUGUGAUGCGGACAUGUUACUCGUAAAUGUUGUAGCUCGGUGGCCUGGGUCAACCCAUGACUCAUUCAUUCUGAGACAAAGCAGUGUUGGUCGGAGACUUGAGGCUGGGGCUGUGCGUGAUGGCUGGAUUCUGGGGGACAGUGGGUAUCCACUGAAGCAGUGGCUGCUCACGCCUUUCGCCAACCCCCAGAGCGCGGAGGAAAGGCAGUAUAACAUCAGCCAUACCCAGACACGGUCUGUGGUGGAGCGCACCAUAGGCCUGUUUAAAGGCAGAUGGCGGUGCCUAGACCGCACUGGAGGGAUGCUUUUAUAUAGACCGGAGAAGGUGUGCCAGAUGAUACGUGCAUGUGCUGUGCUACAUAAUAUGGCACAACUGCAAAAUGUGCCUCUACCCCCUGGAGCGGAAGCUGCAUGUGUUCGACCCGACCCCGACCCCCAGCCCCAGGCAUUUCAGCCAAACGGUGCGGCUGUGCGCCAGCGUUUGGCUGUGAUGCGGCGGUUGUGAAAACACCAAACAAGUUUCCCUCUGCAUGGCAAGGACUGCGUCGGUGAGGACACGCCCGCUGCUGGAUGGAGAUGGAGACGGAGACGGAGACGGAGAGGCACGUGGAGGUUCAGCUGCACCACCCUCUCCACUGGAACAUGCAGCAACUAAAAAAAAAAGGGAUUUGUGUAAAUAAAGUGUUUUGUACAUACACGAGUGACUUGAAUGCAUUUAUUUUACUCAUUCCAUAAAAGCAAUUGCAAAUAAGCCUACAUACCCAUUUCAUCUGCUGGCACGUCGGUGUCCCCCUCCGCCUCUGUCACCACUCCACUCAAGAGGGACUCGCCGAUGAUGCCUGCCAGCCUCUCAUCAAGAGGGGUCAGUUCCGGCGUCCCCUUUCCCCCGCCCGUGGCAGACACGCUCUGGCGAUGGUGCGCCAGGCGCUUUUUGGCCUCGACUUUAAUGUCUGACCAUUUUUUUUUCAGUUCGGCCACAGUCCGAUCUUCUGAUGCAGUGGCAUUCACUGCCUCAGCAAGAGUUUGCCACUCCAAAGUUUUUUUGGCAUUAGUGACUCCCAUACUGUGCCCUCCAAACAAAAUCUUUUUUCUUUUCUCCACCUCCCCAACCAAAACUUCGAUCUCGCAGUCUAAGAAAUUUCUUUUUUUUGUUUUUUUUCCUGCGCUUGCCAUGUUUCUUUCUCUGCUGGCCCAGAA